AUGGACACACUGAACAAGCUGUGCUGUGUGGUUCCGCCGGCUUCCGCCGGAGAGAUCGUGGCACCCUCACCGAUCAACGAAGACGAAGUCAAGAAGAGCUUGAUCGCUAGGGGGAGUUCCGUGGUUAGCGUCGACAGCAGCGAUGGGUUUGGGAUUAUCAUCAGCAAGGAUGUCAUCUUGACAACCAGUUCUACGUUUCCGGAUCCAGCGGCUGCGGAAGGUGCAACCGUCAACGUCCGUACUCCUCCAGCCGCGUCGCUCGAGCUCAAGUUGUGGCCUCAGAGAUUCUUCGUGACCAACAGGGACUUGGACCUGACACUCGUCGCUUGCGACCCCAUCACGACAUCAGACGUGUCGCCGCUCAUGUCCGACGCCUCCAAGAUCUCUAGGCAAUCACUGGAGGCGGGCUCUAAGGUGUACAUUCUGGGGUAUCCCAGGGGGAGCAAGAUGGGCUCCAAGUCCAGUGCAGCGCUCGGAGAGGGGAGAGUGACGGUGAAGGAGGACAAGUUCUUGAGGAUCCAGACGGAUGGCCUGGUCUGGGCAUCCGGCUCCGCCGGUUUCAACGAGCAGGGCCAGCUCGCGUUCGUGAUUUGCAAUCCCCACCAGUCCUUCGCAGCGGGGUCGUCAUCGAUUCACGGAGAAGAGCGGAGGGACGACAAGCAAUCGGGUGUUUCCAUCGGGGACGUUUGCUCGCGGCUCAUUCAAGUUUGA